ACACUCUCCGGUGGUACAGCACACGGAGUAGAAAGGUACAACCCGGAGAAGCGUAAAGUGUUAGCCCAAAAGCAGUUUCUUUAGGGUUUUUUGUCGACAGGGACGAGAAGCCAUUGAUAGAAAUUUAUACUCUUUUCACUGAAAAUGGAUAAACCAAACCCUCCUUCACCCCUACCAGAAGAGCCGGCUCCAAAAAAGCAGAAGAUGUCCACCACCACCACCUCCGACGAUGAAGACUUCGAUCCGGCCGUCGCCGUCGCCGCCGCCGCAGACGACGGCAGUGCGCCACCGGAGAGGACACCUAAGUACAAGCGUCGCAAAAUCGCGAUCUUCUUCGCGUACUGCGGGGUGGGGUAUCAAGGCAUGCAGAAGAAUCCGGGAGCCAAAACGAUCGAAGGCGACCUCGAAGAGGCGCUGUUCCACGCCGGCGCGGUGCCGGAGAAAGAUAGGGGCCAGCCGAAGCGGUAUGACUGGGCGCGAUCCGCCCGGACCGAUAAGGGCGUGAGCGCGGUAGGUCAAGUCGUUUCGGGGCGGUUUUACAUUGAUCCUCCUGGCUUGGUCGAUCGCCUCAACUCGAACCUCGCUCCUCAGAUUCGUAUCUUCGGUUACAAGCGGGCGACGGCGUCGUUUAAUGCUAAGAAGUUCUGUGAUCGGCGGAGGUAUGUGUACUUAAUUCCUGUUUUUGCUCUCGACCCAUCUGCUCAUCGCGAUAGGGAAAGUGUCCUUGCUAGCUUAGGAUCUGGAAAUGAGCUUGUUAAGUGUUUGGAAUGCUCAGAAAGAGGGCGUAAAGUUAUCGGAAUCAUGGGGAAACGCACUUUCGAUUCAAAGAAUGAGCUAAGCGUUGUUUCAUCCGGUUCAGGCAUUUCGUCGAACACUGGAGACUCUCAAAACCAGCAGGAAAACAUGAACAACUCCAUACAUUCUGGUUCAGGCAUUUCGUCAAACACUGGAGACUCUCAAAACCAGCAGGAAAACAUGAACAACUCCAUACAUUCUGGUUCAGGCAUUUCGUCGAACACUGGAGACUCUCAAAACCAGCAGGAAAACAUGAACAACUCCAUACAUUCUGGUUCAGGCAUUUUGUCGAACACUGGAGACUCUCAAAACCAGCAGGAAAACAUGACGAACUCCAUAGAUGAUGAGAGCAAGCCAAAUUCUGAAAUUGAGAAAAAAGCAGGAAAUGAAACCUCCCAAGAUGAGAAAAACGAGGUUACAAACAUGGAAGUUGAGGAAGGCAAUGAGGAAGCUAUAGUCCCAAAGAAGAUUUUUUCUUAUGGUGAUGAGGAGAAAGAUAGGUUUAACAGAAUUCUUAAGUACUACGAGGGAACUCACAAUUUUCACAACUUCACAACAAGAACAAAAGCUGAGGACCCGGCUGCAAAGCGAUACAUUAUCUCCUUUACUGCAAACACAGUAGUUGAAGUGGAAGGCAUUGACUUUGUUAAGUGUGAGGUUGUUGGACAAAGCUUCAUGCUUCAUCAGAUUCGUAAAAUGAUUGGUCUCGCAUUGGCAAUCAUGAGGAAUUGUGCUCCCGAAUCAUUGAUUGAAACCGCCUUCAGUAAGGAUGUUAAUAUUAAUGUGCCCAUGGCUCCUGAGGUUGGGUUAUAUUUGGAUGAAUGCUUCUUUUCUUCGUAUAACAAAAGGUGGACAGAUCACGAAGAAUUGUCAAUGAAAGCUUAUGCAGAUGUGGCAGAGGACUUCAAAAUGAAGUAUAUAUAUUCUCAUAUUGCAUCCACAGAGCACAAGGAAGGAGUCAUGGGUCUAUGGCUACAUUCUCUAAAUUAUCGUAAUUACCCUGAUCUACGCUUUUCAAACUGUGAUGAAACUACAGAUGCAAAAAGCGUUGAAGCUGCAAACAUACCCGAUUCUUGCACUGUGAACAAUGGUGAGGCUCUGGAUGCAAAAACUGUCGAAGGUGCAGUCGUUGCUGAUUCAUGUGCUGUGAAGAACAAUGAAUCUGAAAAAACAAGUGCCAAAACUAUUGAAAGUAACGACAUGUCUCGUUCUUGUGCCUCGAGCGAGGCUGAUGCAUGUCCUGGGAAGAACGAUGAACCUGCAAAUGCCAAAACUACCGAAAGUAAUGACAUGGCUCCAUCGUCUGCCAUGAGUGAAGCUGAUGCAAAAACUGUGGAAGCUGCAGACAAUGCUGAUUCGUGCCCUGGGAAGAAUGACGAAUCUGCAACUGCCAAAACUACUUUUGAGGCUGAUGCUCCGGAUGCAAAAACUGUCGAAGCUGAUUCGUGUCCUGGGAAGAACGUCGAAACUGCAACUGCCAAAACUACUUUUGAGGCUGAUGCUCCGGAUGCAAAAACUGUCGAAGCUGCAGAGAAUACUGAUCCGUGUCCCGGGAAGAACGACGAAUCUGCAAGUGCCAAAGCUACUGAAAGUAAUGCCAUGACAGAUGUGAAAAGUAUUGCAGAUGAGGACAUGGCUGAGUGAGAACACAUAUGCCUCAAAAUUUUCCAUUUGAUAGGGGGCAGUGUUAUUUAUGUUUUGCUAGUUCUUAGUAUUGCUUCUUGAAGAUUUGCAUGAAGCAAACAUAGAUAGAUAUAACUUUCUCUGAUAGAAGAAGAGAUUUCAAUGAUGAGUAUUUCCUGUUUUUA